AUGAGAGCAGCAUGGGCAGCAUUCGCAGCCGUCAGGAAAGCUACGGCCCAACUGACGGACCAUGAUCUUCGUGCCCAUCUGUUCGACUCGACAGUCCUUCCAUCACUCUGUUACGCAGCGGAGACGUGGGCAGACACUGCGGCCACGUCUAGGAAGCUACUUACUACCCACAGAACCCUCGAGAGAUGUCUCCUGAAGUUUAACCGGCGCACACAACACCUUGCCGGUCUUCGUAGCUCCGACUUAAGAGGAAUGUCUCGUCUUCGCGACCCAGCGGAAUAUGUAUCGAAAGCAAAACAUAGAUGGGCCGGUCACAUCAUGAGAAGAAUCGACGAUAGAUGGACUAAAAGAACGCUAGAGUGCAUUCCAAAGGACGCUAAACGCCCCCGAGGGAGACCGCCAACGAGAUGGGGUGACGUGUUCGCUGCAUGGAUGGACCAGCUGAGAGCUCAGCUGGAUACGGCUCAAGGACCUCGUCAACGUCACACACGAAGCUUGAGAACAUCUUGGAUGACAAUGGCGAGGGAACGAAACGAGUGGAAGAGAUGCUGGGGCCCGCACGUCCAGUGA